AUGGCUGAAAUAUCCUUUCCAAAUAUCAUUUCCAGAAAUGGGGAAGACGAAAAUGGAUGGGAAAUGGAACCAACCAUUUCAACUCCAAUGGCUGAAAUAUCAUUUACAUACAGAAAUUCUGAUACACACGAAAAUGGAUUGAAGAUGGAACCAACCAUUUCAACUGAAGUAUCAUUUCCAUCCAGAAAUGGGAAACAAUUGGAAAUGGAACCAACCAUUUCAACUCCAUUGACGCCGAACACUAAGAGAAAGAGACCACAGAUGGAAACACGCAGAAAAAAGAAAAAGAAGAAAAUGUACCGGCCAAAAGUGAUCGGAGAAGGCAGAGCAAGGAAGAGAUCAACCCAACCAGUAAAGCCAAAGCCGCCGAGAGUGAAGCCAAAGCCAAAGCCUAGACCAAAAACCAAAAAAAUUGUUACUACUGUUAGAGGAUGUCAGCAGAACAGUUAUUCUGUACAAGAAAAUGAUCAAGUUCAUAUUAUAGAUAGUUGCAUAGAUCUGGUAAAUGAGAAAGCUUUACUCAAUAAAGUUACGGUUAGUUGCAAAGAUCUAGUCUUAAUUGGAAAUGAACUGAACAAUGAGAAAGCUUCACCCACUUUUACUGUGAGUGAGAAAGCUUCAGCAGAAGUUGCUAGCCUUGAUGAAAAGGAAUCCGCGGACGAUCAUUCAAAGAGUACAGUUAUCCAAACCAAAGUUGGGUCGACCGGGAGGCUUUAUGAAUGGCUCCAUGGAAUACCACAGAAAUGCAGGAGAAAAAGGAGUUCAAGAAGGCCAGCAAAAAUCACUAAGAGAGCACCGUAUGGAUUGAGGUUUGGAAAUAAAAAAGGCGAGGGAUCAAGAAACAAUCUACAGCCAUUCAUCUACUGCAAGAGAAAAAGGAGUCCAAUGGUUAGAAGGUGCAACGUAGCUUCAGCACUUGAAGUCUGUAAACUGUUGCGGAGAAACACACAUAAACAUGCCUCCAACACAAAAAAAGCAAUAAAAAACAAUGGCAGAGAUGAUGAUGAUGAUGAUGAGACCACAAAACAGAAACUGGAAAUUGAAGGAACACCAACAGAAGUAUCAGAUCAAACAACUGAAAUGUAUAAUCAUUCAGAUGAUGGCUGUCAAUCUCAUUCUGCAUUAAGUUCUAAAGACAGAGAAGCAUCUGAGGAAACAGCCAUAGCAGAGGAUUGGUCGGGUCAAACAAUGCUCCCUGCAGUAACUUUCAAGUUUGCAGCUAUCUUUAGGGAGGGGACUUUCUGGAAGAUUAGCAAUGCAAUUCGUAUUGAAACAUUAAGUCACAAUGGUAAGCAAACAAUGAGAUGGCUUGAUAUCAGACAGUUUUUGACUAAUUUGAAGCCUAUAAAUGAAAAGAACCCAUCAGGGACAGGCAUUUCACUUCCUAGAAUUAUUACAGGUUUUCAUGAUGUGGGCAGCGGAAGAAGCUUGAUCAGGCAACAGGACUUCACCCACCCAGGAAGUGUAAAUGAAAUGAGACCUGCCCUCAAUGUAAUAUUAUGGAAUAGAAGUGAAGGAACAAAAAAUAAUCAUGAGCAUAUCAGGCUUACACUUGAAACAAGAGGCAUUAGUAACAGCAGUGGUCUAACGCACGUUAAUUCACAACAGAAAGAAGGAACUGCUUCGGGCCAUGAAAAGAAAAUUGUUCCAUAUGCACGAAAACAAGGAAAGAAAACCAGCAAGGGAGAGCACAAUCUAAGUUAUGUUAAUGGCAUGGAAGGCGCAAUAGUUCCCCAUCCUGAAUCAUUGAACUCAACUAAGAAAAAAUUGUUGGGUAAAGUGAACCUUGACCCAAGAGACAUUACUAUGUGGACACUAAUAACCCAAGAAGCGAGUGAUUGUGGCUCAGAAAAAGUUGACGUCAAUACCGAAAAGUGGUGGGCACAUGAAAGGGAAAUUUUCCGUGUACGGAUAGAUGCUUUUAAUGCUAGAAUGCAUCUAAUUUUAGGCGAUCGGCGUUUUUCACCAUGGAAAGGUUCGGUGGUGGAUUCUGUGGUUGGCGUUUUUCUUACUCAAAAUGUCUCUGACCAUCUUUCAAGUUCUGCUUAUAUGUCACUUGCUGCAACAUUCCCCCUCUGUGCAACAAGAAACCAUACAGAAUAUUAUCAGGGCCAGGACGUUUUCUGCACUCAACAAUCAACUCAAAGAAACAAAGGAUAUUUUCUGUAUGAAAGCGAAUGGAACAAUGACAGUAUGUUGGAGAGUAACAAGAAAACAGGAGAUCGUGAAGAAGUUGAACAAUUAAUAUCUGCGAAUGAUGCAAUUUUGUCUCAAGAUUUUAUGGGAUCAUCGGUAAAACAAAGCCUUGAUGAUACCCUUCACUCAUCUACAUGUUUCGAAGAUGAUUGUGGAAUAGGUUUGUUUACGAAUUUGGAUGGCACAGAUAACAUGGAUGGCACAGAUAACACAGUGCUCCAUCCUAAUAAAUCAACCUCUGUCCAAGAGCCCUAUAGCAGCAGUCCAACUAGCACAUCAUCGCAUAAAAGCAAUCAAGAAAAUGAAAUUUUAGAAUCCAAAGAGGUGGAAGUUGAUUUACGAGUCACGCCAAAUGAGAAAUCUCAGAGUUCUGCCAGCGCUGAAAAGUUUCAAAAUCAAGAGAUUCAACUCACUGGUGAUGUCAAUGAUUUGGAAGACAGAGAUUCUAAUGAUUUUAGUGAUGAAAAAAUGACAGAUAUUUCUAAGGGGACAGCCAAAAAGAGUAAAAUGAAGCCAGAAAUGGAUUGGAAUAGUCUAAAGGAAAAAUGGGACAGUAUGAGGAGAACCUAUUCUGUUCAUGAGCCAAGAAGUAGGGAUCACAUGGAUUCUGUGGACUGGGAAGAAGUUGGGUCAGCAGACCCUAUUAAGAUUGCAGCUGCCAUCAAGGAACGUGGCCAACAUAACACCAUAGCAAGAAGAAUUAAGGAGUUUAUUAAUCGAACAGCUAGAAUGCAUGGCCACAUCGACCUCGAAUGGCUUAGAUAUGCUCCUCCAAAUGAUGUUAAGGCAUAUCUAUUGGAGAUACAUGGGCUAGGAUUGAAAAGUGUAGAAUGCGUAAGGCUUUUAUCACUUCAGCAAGUUGCCUUUCCAGUGGACGUAAAUGUUGGUCGAAUCGCAGUUCGAAUAGGAUGGGUUCCUCUUGAACCGCUGCCUGAGGAGGUUCAGAUUCAUCUUCUAGAGACGUUCCCUAUGAUGGAUUCUAUUCAGAAAUAUCUAUGGCCAAGGCUCAGUUCACUUGACCAACGAACUCUGUAUGAACUACACUAUCAACUGAUAACAUUUGGAAAGGUCUUUUGCACGAAGAGAAAACCAAACUGCAAUGCUUGUCCGCUGAGGGCCGAAUGUCGGCACUACGCUAGCAAAUAUGCAAGUGCAAGGCUCGCAUUACCUGGAUUGCCAGAGAAAAGAAUGGUAAGUACAAUGAUCCCGGAAAAAAGGUAUGAAGGCACUGCUCAAGUGAUGAAUCCAGCACCAGUACUCCAUGUCGAAGGCAAUCCAUCUUCAGAAUCGAGAUAUGAAACCAUCAAUUGUGAACCUAUCAUCGAAGUGCCUCGAUCACCUGAACAUGCAUAUGAUGAAUCACAGUCGACAGACAUUGAAGAUUUAUAUGAGUAUGAUUCUGAUGAUGUUCCAGUAAUCAGACUUGACUCCGGACAAUUUACAACUUCACAGAACUGCAUGGACAAUAGCAUCACUGGAGCUUUGAUUCCUUUGAACGACAGAGUUGCUUCCAUCCCAAUGCGCAAACUGAAGCAUGUAGAUCGUCUAAGGACAGAACAUCAAGUCUAUGAACUUCCAGAUACACAUCCUCUCCUAUAUGAGCUAGAACCACGAGAGAUAAAUGAUGCUUGCCCGUACCUUUUGUGCAUAUGGUCACCAGGUGAAACUGUAGAUUCAUCUGAGCCACCCAAUACAAAAUGCACGUACCAGGGAACGGGAGAGCUUUGCAGUGAAGGAUCAUGUUCAUCCUGCAACAUUCUCAGGAAACAAAACAGUGGAACAGUUCACGGAACGAUUUUGAUACCCUGUAGAACAGCCAUGAGAGGCAAAUUUCCAUUAAACGGGACAUAUUUUCAAGUCAACGAGGUUUUUGCCGAUGACGAAUCAAGUAAAAACCCCAUUAGCGUUUUUAGGGAAUGGAUAUGGGAUCUCCCGCGAAGAAUUGUGUAUUUCGGAACCUCAACGGCAACAAUUUUCAGAGGCUUGGGAAUUGAUGAUAUCCAGUACUGCUUCCAAAAAGGAUUCAUUUGUGUGAGAGGAUUCGAUCGAAGAACACGAACUCCAAAACGACUAACGGAGCGGUUGCACAGACAAACCAACGCAGCCGCUAAAGCUAGGGCAAACAAAAACACUGAUCAGAAACCUUGAGUGACAUUUUUUUCUUCCUUUUCUUUUCAUAAAUUCUUCAAUUAAUUUUUUUUAAAUUUAGAUUUAAUGUUAUGGCAAAUAAUGAACGAGACGGUAGCCGGGGCCGGAAACGAGACCCGCUCUCAAUGUAGUAGAGUGAAAGUGAAAGAACUCGAGAUAACGACAAAUGUUUAAAU